GUGUUAAGAGAAAAAGUUGCUUCCUUUGACGUUUUUUCUUCUUUUUGCGACGACAGGCGGGUGGACAAAAAAGGACAGGGCCACCGGCUGCGGUCGCUGCGAUGUGAUGUCCUCUGCUUUUCUAUCUCUUUACUGCGACGACCCAAUACGGGGUUUAUGGUGGCGUUUUGCUUUUAUGCACCUUUUCCCCGUUUUCCUCUUCUUUCCUCCUUUAAUGGACCGACGUUUUCCUGCUUCCUUUCCAUUUUCGUGUCAAAUCACCUUUUUUUCGAGUUUGCACGUCUGGGGCUGAGGCAGCGCAGUUUCCUGGUCGGAACUGGCUGUUGUGUUUCUUUCGGCACCGGGCGGGCAUCUGCGAUGUCUGAUAUAGAGACGAAACGAUCACCACGACCGCAACUACCUAUCUUUUCCGGCUCGACCAUGCAGAGAUUGCCUCUCGACUCGGCUGACGAGAGAUGACCCCGGGGUCAGGUCUGAAUAUGAACGGAUUAACGGUCGUG